UACUUUAGGGAGCAGGCGUGGGUUUGGGUUGGGUCUUGAAAAUGGGUAGGAGUUUGCCAGCCAGAAAAGAAGACAACAGGGUGUGCAUGGCUGAGAGGCCGGAAAGAGCAUGCAGUGUUGUGGGAACAGCACAGAACUUAGUGCAGGAGUGAGAUGGGGCUGAAAAGGUGGCUCCUGCCUGGAUCACUGGGGGUCUGAGUGCUGAGCAAGGAGUCUGGCCAUUACCUGUGCCAAGGGCAUCUGCUGGUUUGUCAGCAGGUGCGGGACAGGCAGAGAGCUGUCACUUAGAGGAUCAGCCGCCACAGGAUAGGAAGUUAUUACUGGGGUCUUUCUGACUGGUGCUGAGGGUUUGACAAGGCAGUGCAGGUGCAGAGAAGGGGCUGGAUGCAGAAGCUUCUGAGGAAAAUCACCAGCACCUGGUCGUGGACUGGAUGUGGGGAGGGAAACAUGACUGGCCUGGUCGAACACCUCGCGUUAAAAUAUCCUUUGCUGGUGUCUGGUGAAUGCGGUCCUCCAGCGUUCUGGUACCUGGAAGAGCGCAGAAUGAAGCCCAUAGUAGGGUCGCUCAGCUGCGAGGACCGCCUCCCGCUGGCCGCGACGCCGAGGUCAUUGCUCAGCCAGCCCUGCAGGCGGCGCUGUAGGGAUAGCCUAGCGGCCGCGCAGGCACAUUGUGUCGCCGGCGGGGGGCGGGGCCGCCCGAACCCGGAAGUGGGGCAGCCCACGUGGGGGCCGGGCACGGGUAGGUCAUGGUUCUGCUACCCGGUUCUAGGCAAUCUUCGAGCGGGGAGUUCGGGCCGUUUGUUCCUCUGCCUGAGGGGACGGGGUGGGGGCAGCGGUCGGGUCCCCUUCACCCGUGUUGGGGACCUGGGGACGGGCCCCAGCGGAGUGCCCGCUCCUGAGGACGCAGCAGGGGGCACUGACCAUGGCGCUGCUCUGGACCUGGCGUUGCUCCGGUCGCCUCCUCACGCGUCAUUUCUCCGGAGCGGCGCGGCGUGGGGUGCGGCCUGGCGGGGAGGAGCUAAGCCGCCUGCGACUGGAUGACCUGGCGCCGACCGUGCGGUCCGAGACGGGACUGGAGCUUCUGUUUGGCCUGUCCCCUUGUCUCCUGGCUCUGCAGGCCGCCCGCCGCCGCGUGGCCCGGCUCCUGCUCCAGGCCGGCAGAUCCGGGCUGCAGGGGGAGCGGGCCGAGCUGCUCCGGGCGGCCGAGGCGCAGGACAUCCCAGUUCUUCGGCCUAGACGGAAGCAGCUGGACGCCCUGUGCCACUACCAGGUCCACCAGGGCGUCUGCAUGGAGGUGAGUCCGCUGCGGCCCCUGCCCUGGACUGAGAGCCGUGAGGCGAGGCCGGGCGACGACCCCCAGCAGUUGUGGCUCAUCCUCGAGGGGCUCCAGGAUCCCCGGAAUCUUGGGGCGGUGCUGCGCUCUGCUUACUUCCUCGGAGUGGAUAAAGUCAUCACCAGCCGGAGAAACAGCUGCCCGCUCACUCCAGUGGUCAGCAAGGCCAGCGCCGGGGCUGUGGAGGUGAUGGACGUGUUUUCCACUGAUGACCUGGCCGGGUUUUUACAGGUCAAAGCCCGGCAGGGCUGGCUCGUGGCUGGCACAGUGGGCUGCCCAGGGCCUGAGACUUCCCUGUCCUCUGAGAUGCCUAUCACUAGUUGCUUGGAGUUCGUCUGGGACCAGCCUACUCUCCUAGUGCUGGGGAACGAGGGCUCUGGUCUGUCCCAGGAGGUGCAGGCCUCCUGCCAGGUUCUCCUUACCAUCUUGCCCGGCCGGCAGCUGCCUCCUGGGCUCGAGUCUUUGAAUGUCUCCGUGGCUACAGGAAUUCUUCUUCACUCCAUCUGCAGUCAGAGGAAGGCUUUCCCUGCAGAGCAGAAGAGAGGGAAACUUCUCCAAGACCCUCAAGAACCCCCAGCCACGUCUGAAGGGCCCAGAGUGGCUCAGCAGCCAGGACUGUCCUCAGGGUCAGAAAAAGAGAGGCAUGUUGGAGGCUGAUUUGGACUGUGUGAGGUGUGUGUGUGCUGGAGGGCACACAUAGCCACAUGCUCGAGUGUGCCGAGGUCUCCCGCCUGAGCAUGCACCUGGACCCCUGUUGGCUAACCACUGUCUUGGGGGCAGGGAGUUUUGUAGUGGAGACCCCGGGGAGUUCCGUUUCCUGUUUUGGUUUUGGACUUGCACUGGAGAGGGCAGCUCAUUCAUUUCUAGGCUGUGCUGGGACCCAGGGUCUUUCUCCCCAGGCGCUGCCUGGAAGUCAAGGGGAAGGAUAGACUCAGAAGGAAAUCGGGCAGCCCAGUCUGUUCUUUUUGAAUUCUCUUGUUCCUGUUCCUCUUGAACCAGUGUGAGAAUGUAGAGGGAGGCCCGGGACCCUCUUAUGGGCCACACAGGUGCAAAUCCAGAUUCAAGCUGUGCCCCACUGCAGACUUCAUCUCUGUGCCUCAGGGCCCUUGUCCACACUUCCCUCAGAGGGCUGUUGUGAGGAUCAAAUAAAACAUGGCUUGGUAUCCAGCAGGCACUCAACCAUGGGCCAUUCUGUCCAAUUCCUCCAUUAGGUGGCAGCCUCGCUCUUUGGUCCACAGUCGCUUUGAAGCUCUGGCAGCCACCUGGGGAGAUUCCUGGCUGUGGCCCCAGCAGAGGGAAGGGAAAGAUUAGCAGACACUCCCCCAGCACUGGCUCUCCUGUCCCCCCACCGGUGGGUCAUCAGUCAAUCCAGCUCCGUGGAAGCAGCCGAUGAACCAGAGCCCUGGCCUUUGAAUCUGGGAGGGAGUGAGGACAGGGCUGCCGUUUAUUGUAACCCAACAGCUUUGGUCCUCCUCCCCGAGGGCCCCGCAGAUGGAGCAGAAGCCACUAGUGUAAAUGGUUUAGAGCAGUCUUGGUGCAUAUGGGAACCACCUGGCAAACUUUAAAAGGCGGCUGACACUGGACCCACUCCCAGAGAGUCUGAUGUAAUUGGUCAGGCUGCAGCCUGGGCAUCAAGGUUUUUACAGCCCCCUAGGUGGGUCUGAUGUGCAGUGCAGGCUGAGAGCUGGAGUGGGGUUUCCCAGUCUCGGCGCUGUUGACGUUCUGGGUUGGAGAACUCUUUGUUCUGAGGGACUGUCUUGUGCAUUGUAGGAUGUUUAGCAGCAUCCCUGGCCCUCUACCCACCAGAUGCCAGUGGUAGCACCUCCCCCCACCCCCAGUUGUGACAACCAAAAAUGUCUCCAGACAUUGCUAAACGUCCCCUAGGGGAGAGAAUUGCCCUUAGUUGAGAACCACUGCUCUGGAGCAUGGAGCUGUAGGAUAGCAGCUGUAAGUUCAAAUCCUGACUGCUGUGUGACCCUGGGCAAGUUCCUCGCCUGCCUGAGCCUCAGUCCCUUCCUCAGUGAAGGGGAUCAUCCUACCUUCCUGGGUUGCUGGGAGGAGACAGGACAGUAGGAACUCAGUACCUCCCAUGUCACAGGUGCUCAAUAAGCAGGACCACUUUUUGUCUGUGGAAUGGAUUGAUCUUGGACUUCUAAUGGUGAUGCCAAUUUAGAAAGACAUUUAAAUUUGUUUAAAAAGGGCCUGGGGCCGGCCCGGUGAUGCAGCAGUUAAGUUGGAACGUUCCACUUCCCAGCGGCCCGGGAUUGCCCUGUUCGGAUCCCUGGUGUGGACAUGGCACCACUUGGCAAAAGCCAUGCUGUAGUAGGUGUCCCAUGUAUAAAGUGGAGGAAGAUGGGCAUGGAUGUUAGCUCAGGGCCAGUCUUCCUCGGCAAAAAGAGGAGGAUUGGCAGUAGUUAGCUCAGGGCUAAUCUUCCUCAUUAAAAAAAAUAAAUAAAUAAAUAAAAAGGGCCUAAGGUUGCUUUAAAGUCAAAGUUUUUCUUAAGAAAGAGGAAGAAACCCCUUCAUAAACUCUACUGAUCACCACCCCAUUGUUCCCCCUUAAGCUCUCUGUCCCUGACUGGCACACAGGCUGUGACCUCAGCUGGCACGUGUCAACCUUGGGCAUGCUGCGCUGCCUCCCCCAUCCCUGCUGUGCUCUUGGGCUAGAGCCCAGUGUGGUCUGUCACCUUGGCUGCACCUUAGACUCAUGGGGUCGGGGCAGGGGAUAGCUUUUAAUAUUCCAGGCGCCCAGAGGCACCAGACUUCUUAAAUCCAAAUCUCUGGGGAAGGAGCCAGGUCCGAGCUUUUCUUAGAGCUCCCCAAUUGAGGCCAGUCUGCAGCCUGGUUCUAGGAUCACUGGUCCUUGAGCCACCUGCUUGUGUCCAAGAAAAUGCUUCCAAGUCAUUCACACCUGAGCUUUUGAGCACAGCCCUGAAAGUUUGGGCCAGGUGACCUUUCAUCUGUCCCUAAGGUUCUCCAGAAGAUGCUGGUUCCACCCCAGCCUCUAUGGCUUAUUACCUGGAUGGCUUCUCAGUGUCCUCAUCUGUAAAAUGCAGACAGUGCCAUCACCACGUGCUCUAGCUACCUGCUCUCCCAACAGGGAAGUUGUAAAAAUAAAAUGAGGGUGUAUCGGUGAAAAGUGCUCUGUAAAUCAAAGGACUGUGCACCCCAGGACCAGAACACAAACCUGGAUGUGAUGGUUCAGUUUAUGUUUCAACUUGACUGGGCCAUGGAGUGGCAGGGUGUUUGGUCAAACAUUCUGAGUAUGUCUGUGUUUUGGGUCUUUUGGGGUGAGAUUAACAUUUAAAUUGGUAGACUGUGUAAAGAGGAUUGCCCUCCCUAAUGUAAAUGGGCCUCAUUUAGUCAGUUGAAGGCCUGAAUAGAACAAAAAGUCUGACCCUCCCCUGAGUAAGAGAUUUCUUCCCGCCUUUUGGAAUUGAGCAUUGGCCGUUGCUGAGUCUCCAGCCUGCAGGCCUGUAAGUGGGAACCACAUCAGUGGCUCUCCGGGGUCUGCAGCUUGCAGACUCACCCUGCAGAACUGGGAACAUGCCAGCCUCCAGAAUCGCAUGAAACAAUUCUCUAUAGUAAGUAAGUAGGUAAGUAUGUGUGUAUAUGUAUGUAUUUAUAUCUCCUAUUGGUUCUAUUUCUCUGGGAACCCAGACUAAAAGACUUGAUGAAAAUGAA